AUGCCGCAACCAACUCGCAAGAGGGCGCGCACCAAGGCCGCUCCCAAGGAAGAUGUGGCUGAGGAGCAACAGUCCACCGUCUUCACGGACCGUCGCACAUCUUGGCUCGUUAAGGGUGACGAGCAGAUGGUGGAGCUCAGAGUGAAAGCCGAGAUUUUUCAUGUCGCCAAAAGUGUGCUCACCAAGAACUCUGAGUACUUUGAAGGAUGCCUGGCUGGACGCUUCGUCGAGGCCAAGAAAGGGAUUGUUGAAUUCCAGGAUGAUGAUAUUGAGCCGAGGUAUCUCGGCCUUUACAUCGGGCUCGCAUAUAGCCACUCUUCUAUCGUCCCUCACACUCCUCCUCGCCCGGCCCAGAAUCCUGAGACCAUGGCCGCGAAGACUCCCAUGCGCGACUAUAUCGAGGUCUACAAACUUUGUGACCGGUUCCUCAGCCCACAAAUGGGUGAAUUCAUUAUGCGAUGUAUCGAUGUCGCAAUCGGCAAUGGGCAUCGCGCCCUGUAUCGUACCGAAGGCGAUGAGGGCAUCCAAAAGCUUCUCAUGCGAGACUUCGCCGAUGGAUACGAGGUUCUGAACAUGCAGCAAAACUCACAGGUUGAGAUGGGCGAGCGAAUGAUCACCUACUUUUGCGAAGGUGUCAGCUAUCGCGCAUGGAUCGAUACCAUGGAGGAGCUGAUGGAUCGUCCCAAGUUUGUAGCUGCCGUUUCCCGCGGCUUUGCAACUAAACUUCGGGAGCUGCAGAUCCGGCUCAAGAGUAUCAAGCGCCGGGAGUUGGUUGGUCCUGGACCCGUCUAG